CACCUAGGAAGCAGUAAGCAUUUACUUGCAGAAUGAACAAGCAAGCAAGUUGUCUUGUGUUACGAAGUAUCAUACGGUUCUUCAUUUCAGUUUCUUCAUUCGCAGACUACCAGGCUCAUUUCAUGCCUGCACUUAGAACUGAGUUUUCAGGGAGCAGGAACUCUCCAACAUCGUCAUCAGAGAUACCCAAGAACAGCCAUGAACGGGACAGUCGGGGAAGUAGUCAGUGCUUUGUUGUAGAUUUGUUGGAUAGAGGCACGGGAUCAUUUCAUGUUGCUGAGGAGAAAGGAGAAGUCGUCUCCUCCCACCUGAUUAAAAAUAGAGAUUUUUUAAUUUCCUCGAAGUACGGAAUCUCAAAAGAGGUAGCUCUAAGGAGAAUCCCUCUGGGUCUGAGUGCAUCCUCUCGCAGGGGCCUGUUCUAUUCUUGGACUGCUUUCCUCAAUAGAGAAAUCUCUCUGAGCCAAAAUCGGCCUCCCCCAACUCCAUCCUGUCGGCCCCAGUUUUCUGCUCGGAGACUUCCAGGCCAGUCCCCACUCCUCCUUCAGCCAGUCGGGCCCGCACCCGCGCCAGGCAGGGCCAGCCCUCUCCUCCUCCCGCGCGGCGCAGCACAGGCCCGGGGCGCGCGACCCCAGGCCCUCCGAGCCCCGCGGCCCGCCGCAUACUCGCGGCUGGGGGCCCCCGUUCGCGUGGCCCUUCGGGUUACUCCACUAAAGAGCCGCCGCGUCGCCCCAUCUCGGCGCGAAUCUGAAAGCGUUUUCGGGAAAGAAGAUGUUGGGGGCACUGGUGAGUACACUGCACAAGUGACAAAAUGUUUUCAGCUCCCGGAGGCGAAGGGUGCAGAGCCGCUCUGAGUCAUGAGCCCGGGCGGCGACCUCGCGCAGUCAGCUCCUCGGUCCGCGUCCCCGGGUACGAGGAAAGGCCACAGGGGGCUUCUCUCCGAAAGCGGGUCCCGGACCCCGUGCGGGCUGGCGGGGGCGGGCGGAUGACGAGGCGCGGGGGCGUGGAUGGGUCUGCGAGGCGGCGGGUCCGGGCGAGUCUCAGGCUCCGGGGCUCCCUCGCUGGCGGCGGCGCGAGGAUGGCGCGCCCGGGGGUCUGGAUGCUGGUGGCCGGCUUCCUGCUGGUGCUGCCGCCGGGCUGGGCCGCGGGCGCCCCGAGGGCGGGCAGGCGCCCGGCGCGGCCGCGGGGCUGCGCCGACCGGCCGGAGGAGCUCCUGGAGCAGCUGUACGGGCGCCUGGCGGCCGGCGUGCUCAGCGCCUUCCACCACGCGCUGCAGCUGGGGCCGCGCGAGCAGGCGCGCAACGCGAGCUGCCCGGCCGGGGGCAGAUCCGCCGACCGCCGCUUCCGGCCGCCCACCAACCUGCGCAGCGUGUCCCCCUGGGCCUACAGAAUCUCCUACGACCCGGCGAGGUACCCCAGGUACCUGCCCGAAGCUUACUGCCUGUGCCGGGGCUGCCUGACCGGGCUGUUCGGCGAGGAGGACGUGCGCUUCCGCAGCGCCCCGGUCUACAUGCCCACCGUGGUCCUGCGCCGCACGUCCGCCUGCGCGGGCGGCCGGUCGGUCUACACCGAGGCCUACGUCACCAUCCCCGUGGGCUGCACCUGCGUCCCCGAGCCGGAGAAGGACGCAGACAGCAUCAACUCCAGCAUCGACAAACAGGGCGCCAAGCUCCUGCUGGGUCCCAAUGACGCGCCCGCUGGCCCGUGAGCCCCGGUCCUGCCCCAGGAGGUUUCCCGAAGCGCUACGCUGGAGCCGCCUGGAGGGCUCGGUCAGCGACCUCUGCAGAGUGCGCACCGAGCAAACCGAGCGCCUGAGCACCGGCGCCGCCUUUCCAUGGACUCAGCAGCUUCACCUGACAUGGGCAUCCCUGGCUUGCUUUUAGCUACAAGCGGGCAGGGUGGCUGGAAGCUGAUGGGAAACGAUCCGGCACGGGCAUCCUGUGUGUGCCCCGCAUGGAGGGUUUGGAAAAGUUCACGGAGGCUUCUGGAGGAACCUCCCAGGCCCGGGGUUGCGGGUGCAGGGCGUGACCCACUGCUGCGUGCUUGCCAAAGAGAUAGAGACGCAUAUGCUUUUUAAAAGAAUCUAAAAAUAAUUUUAAGUAGAGCGACUAUAUACCUACUUUUUAAAUCAACUGUUUUGAAUAGAGGCAGAGCUAUUUUAUAUUAGCAAAUUAGAGUUACUCUAUUACAUUUCUUACUUGACAUAUAAACAUUGUUUUUUACUUCUUCUGGAAGUUUUUAAAGCAUAAGUGGAAUCCUUGGAUAAUUUUUUUAGCUGGCACACUGUGGCCUGGGUCUCUGAAUUCAGCCUGUCACUGACGGCUGACAGUGACGAAAUGGACACGUCUGAUCUGACCCACUCUUCCUUGCCCUGAAGGUCUUCACUGGCCUCCAGGCGGACCAAAGGGAUGCACAGGCAUGCCCCAGGGCCUGCGAAGGGUUCCAAAGGUCUCAAACUUGGUUUUAGUCCUGAGUACAUAAACUGAGUUUCAAACUUGUACAUUUUUUUUUUUCCCUUUUGAUAGCCACUGGGGCCCAUCUGUGGUUAAGAGGUGGUGAGAUAGGAAGUGGAACAUGACAUCUUUGCCAGUUGUCAGAAGAAUCCAAGCAGGUACUGGCUGACUUGUAAGGGCUUUGGGAGCAAGCCAAACAUGAGGAGAAAGUGGGCCACGUUAGAAUCUGCAGAGAUCAAUCUGGAGGCUUCUGUUUCUACAUUCCGCCAUGAGAGCUAGGUCCUUGCUCUUUCGUUUAGGUUGAAAAUCUGUCUCUGAACACAAUUAUUUGUAAAAGUUAGAAGUUCUUUUCAAACCAUUAAAACAGUCUUCCUGAAAGAUA